CGCGGCAAGCAGGCGAGAAAAACAAGAAACAGGAGAACCCGCCGGAGAACUGCUGAAAAGUGACGUGAUUUUGUCAGUCAGACAUUUCAGAGCUUUCUGUGUUUCGCAUACUUAAUUAGGGCCUGGAAAAGCGGCCUUGCAGGUGUUCCCCUCCCUCCACUCCUCCCUUUGUUUCGCGCUUCUCUUUUUUCCCUUCUCUCUCCCUCUCUACGCAAGCUACUGGAGGGGGAGUGGGAUGGAGUGUCAAAUGCAGACCCAGUCUCCAGCCAAUGCGAGCGAAAAUCAAGAUGGCGCUUCACGGCUGCAAAUGAGUGUUGCUCCUUGACCUUCUAGCGAGUUAAUAUUCUGUAAGUGUUCAAAAUGCUACCUUCUGUUGGUGUAGUUGACACGGGAAAUUCUUCGCGCAUACUCUUACCGCUUCUGCGUUCAGCUGGUUUUACGGUGAGUGGCAUAUGGGGUGCAUCAAAACAACAAGCAAAGGAGAUGGCGGAUGAGUACAAAGUUCCAUUUCACACGUCCAAAAUAGACGAGUUACUCCUGAGAGAAGACGUGGAUUUGGUGUGCGUGCUUUGUCCACCCCACGUUCGUGCUGAAGUGGCGGUGAAAGCUCUUUCUAUCGGAAAACACGUCUUGUGUGAUUCUCCCGCGGGUUUAAGCAGAGAGGAAGCGGUGAGGAUGGUGAAUGCAGCUCAGUAUUAUCCUAAGCUUCUUUCUCUGAUCAGACACGAGCUAAGGUUUCUGCCAGCCUUUAUUAAGAUGAAGCAAUAUUUAGAGGAGGACUUCUGCGGGGAACCUUUAAUCUGUGAGUGCAAGAUCGAAAUGGGCUCUUUGCUGAGUAACCGCUACAACUGGAUGUGCGACCAGGCUAUGGGGGGUGGUGUACUAACCAAUGUUGGAGCUCACGUCAUCGACAUUAUCUCGUUUUUGACCAAUCAGAGGGCAGUUGAAGUGCAUGGUACUUUAAAGACUUUCAUCACUCAAACAGAUAGUGUAUCAAGCUUUAGGCACAUCUCCAGUGAUGACUAUACUGCCUUUCAGAUCAAACUGAAUGGCGGUACUUUUGCUACUGUCUCGCUUAACACCCACAUUCCUGGCCGUUAUUCCCAAACUAUUACCAUUUAUGGCAGUAAAGGGCAGCUGAUUGCCAGGAAUGGCAACUUAUAUGGAAUGAAGAAUGGCAGCAAAGAAGAACUUAUAUAUGGUGAUAUUGCUCGCAUUCCAGGCUUGUUUAGUGUGGAAAAACUUCCACCCAGUAUAUUUUUGACAGGUCUUGAAGGCUGGGUAUCAGAGAUAAAGAGGGCAUUUGAAGAGUCCAUUGACAAAGAUGAUCGGAGGAUUGCGGACUUGCAAACUAUUUCAAGUGCAGCUUCAUUUGAAGAUGGACUAUAUACACGUACCGUUCUUGAUGCCAUAAUUGAGUCCAGUAGAACUGGCAUGUGGUCUCGAGUUGAGUUCAUUGCUCAUGAGGAAACAGGCCAAGCAGUGGUGGGCUCUGAAGAAAAAACUGUCCAAAUAAUCACUGAGCAACAGAAAGAAAAACCUGAUGAAAAGGAAUAUUCAUCGCCCGUCCUGAGAAAGAUGCUAACUCAGUAAAGAUUAGAGAGCAAACAGCUGCUUGAGAAACUUGAAGCUUUUGAAUUUUAUUCCUCUUGUAUAUAAGCAAAGAAUGCUAAGAAAGAAGGCCUGCAAUUUCUGAGUGCUAUGUCUAAGAAAGUCAUGCAAAGAAACUUGUGUCUGAUCGUCCAGGCUAGAGGAUUCUGCCCUUCACUUACCUGACAAAUGAAAUUCCCAGGCAAAUGUUUUGAGGAAAUUAAAAUUACAGAUGAGCACGAAUUACUGUACACUGUAAGAGAUGAAAUUAUUGCAUUGAUUUGAUUUUAAAUCAGUUAAUCAUGCUACUAAGAAGUUUUUGUUGUUGGGGGAGCUAGUAAGAAUGAUGUUUCAAUUAGCACAUCACAGUUGUAGUUCUUGAAGGACAAAUUUAAAAAUGUUCUCUAAUGUCUAAUGAAAAUGUAGUUCUUGUAAAUGGUUAUUUAGGCAAUCUAAGUUUUGAACUUGUCUGCAAAAAGGUGGUAUGGACAAGAAGGUGUUUGGCUUGUACUAUGCUUUCUGAUUUUCAAGUGAACAACAGGCUGCAAGCUAGCUUCACUGACUACCUUCACACUAGAGAGAUGCACAUUUGAUAUUGUCAAAGUUAAGAGCAUUCAAUUCCUUUUGGGGUUCACUUUAUCUUGUUUUCUCUAAUUGUAAGAGAGUAAGUUAAGUUUAUGGCAAAUAAACAGUGGAAGCCAUGUUCUGUUGAAAAA